UUUUAAACACAAAUUCAUUAUAUUCCAUUUAUUAACAGAGAUGUACCUGUGAUUAGUUGUAUUGAAAACAAUCAAAAAUAAUAAUUGUAUCACACACAGGCCCGUUGAGAGAGCAGGGAGGCCGGGGCUCGCUGCCCCUGGCAACAGACAAACAAACAAACAAACAAACAAACAAACAAUUCAGGUCAAUUAAUACAGAACAUUUCAACAUUGCUAAAACAAGUACCAGCUGCAGCCCUCAGCUUUGUGCGGGCAGGUUGUGUUUGCCGCCCCGCCGCUACAUAAACAAAGCCAAUCCGAUGAGUUUUUGUUUCCAGGGUGAGAUUGCGCUCCACUCCGCUCCAGACUCUCCAGUCCUGCGCACUGAACCGACGCGCUGCUGCGCUAGUCUGAUGGACGCGCUGGCAAAAACACUCUCUGCAUUUAUUUGUGAUCUACAGUGAGAGACGCUGCCUGCGUGUGUGUGACUCGCAGGGGCAGCACACGCCUCAAUCCUGCUCUCUGAUCUCCACUGGGUUUUAUUUUGAAGUGUGGAUUUUUUGAGAAAUUUGUUCAGAAGACAAAGCUGGAUUGUGAUAGAAAAGAUUAAGUGAUGGAGCCUUUCAAUGUUAAAGAGGAGAGUCCUGAACUAGAAUCAGUCCAUAUUGAAGAGGAGUGUCCUGAACUAGAAUCAGUCCAUAUUAAAGAGGAGCUUCCUGAACUAGACCCUGUCCAUGUAAAAGAGGAGGGUCACCAUUUUAAAACAAGCAGCUUGCAGGGCUCUCUGUCCUGUACAGAAUGUGGAAAGAGUUUCAGUCGUUUACAAAACCUGAAACUUCACCAGCGAAUCCACACUGGAGAGAAACGGCAUGUCUGUGCUGACUGUGGGAGGAGUUUCAGACAGUCAAGCCACUUAAACAUGCAUCAGCGAAUUCACACAGGAGAGAAACGGCAUGUCUGUGCUGACUGUGGGAGGAGUUUCAGACAGUCAAGCCACUUAAACAUGCAUCAGCGAAUUCACACAGGAGAGAAACGGCAUGUCUGUGCUGACUGUGGGAAGAGCUUCAGACAGUCAAGCCACUUAAACAUGCAUCAGCGAAUUCACACAGGAGAGAAACCGCAUGUCUGUGCUGACUGUGGGAAGAGCUUCAGCCUGUCAGGCAAUUUUAAAAUGCACCGGAGAAUUCACACUGGAGAGAAACCAAAUGUCUGUGCUGACUGUGGGAUGAGUUUCAGGAGAUUAGCAUCUCUGAAAGAACACCAGCGAAUUCACACAAGAGAGAACCCAUAUGUCUGUUGUGACUGUGGGAAGAGUUUCAGCCAGUUAAGCAACUUGAAAUUGCAUUUGCGAAUUCACACAGGAGAGAAACCACAUGUCUGUGCUGACUGUGGAAAGAGUUUCAGCCUGUCAGGCAAUUUGAAAAUGCACCAGCGAACUCACACUGGAGAGAAACCAAAUGUGUGUGCUGACUGUGGGAAGAGUUUCAGGACAUUAGGAAAUCUUAAAGACCACCAGCGAAUCCACACUGGAGAAAAUCCACAAAUCUGUGCUGACUGGUGCGGCAUGAAAUGAUUAUUAAUGCAAUCGAUUAAUCUGUCAGCUGGUGCUUCGAUUAAUCGAUUAUUUGGGGGUAACCAGAUGGAGGAGGAAGAGAUUUUUAUCCUAGUGUAAAAAAUAUGUUUAGUCAGAAUGUGAGUGUGUGUUCAUUCACCCGCACUGAGAAAUCCCAGUCGUUUUAACCCUUAAGGUCCGACAUUACAAUUUCACCUUUCCAGUCUGAUGUCGGACCCUGUAAAACGUUGUCAAAAAGACGUCAAGCACAGGUCUCUAGUCGUUUUUUCUACGGAAAAAGCCGAGAAAAUCUUUCAAUGGCCGAGUGAGACCGAUAGGAGCCGAAUGAAGCUGAAAAAAGGACGUAUCUCAUAGCCCCAUCCACUACAGAGAUAACACGGACAUAACAAAGGAGACGGCUGCUUCUGCAUCCAGCGCUCAAAGAACAUCACAGAGCUGAGCUUUGAGAUGUUAUAGUAAUAAAAUAAUGACUCUGAUCGCAUUAUUGAGGAGUUUGGUGAUAAAACGAGUGAUCAGGAGAGGAUUUAUCAGUAUGCACGUCUAUAAAGAGGUGUGUGAAAAAUACAGCACAUUUUUUUACUCUGAAAAAAAUAUUUUAAGCAGCGCUUGUGAAAAUAACCUGGACCCAACCCGCCUGACGAGCGCUGAAUAAACAGACCACUAAGGGUUAAACAGCAGCUUAAUAUAAAAACUGUGAGCUCCCUGGUGAGUGUCUACAGCUGAUACAGAGCCUUCAAUCCUACGCCCUCUAGUCCCGCGGGCGGAACACGGAUUUUUUUCAAGUCCCGCUGUCAAGAUACUCACAAGCAGGUAGCGCUGCCUGACUGCAAAUAGAUGCUGCACAAAGCCGGAGUGCAGUGUCUCUCUUGUGCUGAAGACAUGGAACAGUGAUGAAGUUCAGAGAUGGAGAGUGAAGAGAGUGGAGAGUGAAGCCUAGAGAUCUGCUACUGAGCAGCCAGCAGCCAGUGUGUGCCGAAAAAAGAAUAACGCGGCGAUGGGCAACGCAGAAUCGGACCGCAGUGAGCAGGAGGCGCAAAAGAUCAUCAACUUCAUCCCAGGAGUCAACUUGGCUUACAACGCCACCCGCAGCGUCGUGUACGCCGCGAAGGGAAACGGGCCGGAGGUGACCAAGAGUGGCAUCGCGAAUAAGGACUAAGAAGAGAGGUUAAGGGAGAGGGGAGCACGACGCUGUGAGAGGAGGGUGACCCCACACUCCCACUUUCUUCUCUACACACCACACCCAUGUCCUAAUAUAUGAACACAAUAUGCAAUGUCUGUACCUAUGUGACGUGUUUAGAGAAUAUUUCAAUAAAAUAAGUUGCCUUCUUUGGGA